AUGGCGCCGGGCGCGCUCCGCCGCCUCCCGCUGCUGCCCCGGGCCCCGCCGCCCGGCCCCGGCCUGGCGCCCUCCCGCCGCGGGCAGACGGGCGGCGGCGGAGCCCCGCGGCCCCGCCGGGACCUGUACGAGGUGCUGGGGGUGCCGGCCACGGCCACGGCGGCGCAGAUCAAGACCGCGUACUACGAGCAGUCCUUCCGCUACCACCCCGACCGCAACGCCGGCAGCGCCGCCGCCGCCGCCCGCUUCGCCGCCGUCAGCGAGGCCUACCGGGUGCUGGGCAGCGCCGUCCUGCGCCGCAAGUACGACCGCGGCCUCCUCAGCGCCGAGGAGCUGCGCGCUGCCCCCCGGCCCCCGGGCCGCCCGCCCGCCCCGCCGCCCCGCGCCCCCGCCGCCCGCCGCGGGCCCGCCCCGCCGCCCUUCGACUUCGACGCCUUCUACCGGGCGCACUACGGGGAGCAGCUGCAGCGGGAGCAGCUGCUGCGGGUGAGGCGGGAGCAGCUGCGCCUCCGCCGGGAGGAGGCCAAGGCCCAGGGACGCCUCCGGCUCUUCUCUGACUUCUCGGUCGGGCUCGUCUUUUUCGUGGGCUUUGCCAUCCUCUACGGGCUCAAGUGACAGCGGGGCCAGGCAGGGCAGGGCAGCCACCGCGGCACCCGCCCAGCUCCGCGGCUGCGGCAGGACCCUGCCCCCCGCGGGCAGGGCAGCUGGCGGGGGGUGUCCCCGCACCCGCACAGCUGGCAGGGGCCUGAUCCUCAGGCUGCCACACUUCCCCUCUGUCCGUGUGACCUUCAGACGUGGUACGUGACCAGCAGGCACCAUGCGCGGGCUCCUGGAACCGGGACGUGUCCCUCCCAGCGGUGUGACCUUCAGAGACGUGCGGGGCGCUGCUGCGGUGCCUCCCGCAGGUGGCGUGAGACCCGCUCCCCCUGCGGGCCGCCCGGCAGCCUGGGAUGUGCCCCCUCUGCCCAUCCCACCCCCCCACGCGGUGCCUAACAGGUAAAUGUGGUUGAUGGACUCUGCUCUGUGGACUGUGGUGUGUCCUCUCUGCUGGCACAGCUGUUUGACCUCGGUGGGAACCACGGGCCUGUUUUUAAGCCACAGCAGAGACUGAAGGGCAGUGGGUGGGGUCUGGGGGUGCUCUCCCUGGGGCCUUCUGUUAAUCUGCCACCUGCCAUCUCUGGGCUGUCACUCCUGGCCAGUACAGGAGCCUUGUCUGCAGCAGCCUGGAGGAGUGAAACUUGGGCCCGUGGUGGCUUGUGCCCUGGUCAGCGUGUGACAUCACCUGGAAGUGCUGCCCAAACCCUCCCUGUGCUUGGAGCAGCCUGUCCCAUCCAGGGCUUCCCAGGCCCUUCAUGUCAGACCAUCCCACACGGGCCUUUGUGCCUGGGAGUGGUUCAGCUCUGAGCACUGGGUGGUGGUACCUGUGUUGUACUGUAGCAUCUGAGCAUCAUUUGCACAUUGGAAUAUUUGCCUGUUGAAGUGUUUUAAGAACUAAAGAUUGUGUCUCUCAGA